GCUUGGUCCCGUGCCCGCGCCCCGCGAACGCGCAUCAAAUUAGCAUCGAUGAAGUUUGUGCGAACAUGGCGGAUUUCCUGCCGACGAGGUCCGUGUUAAAAGUUUGUCUGCCCGUCUGCCUGCUGAACAACGGCGAGGUGGAGCAGCUGCGAAAGUCCAAGGAGAUCGACCGAUGUCUCUCCCGGGAGAAAACGUACGUGAAACGGCUGGUGAAGAUCCUGCUGCUGGGCGCUGGCGAGAGCGGCAAGUCGACUUUCCUCAAACAAAUGCGGAUCAUCCACGGCCAGGACUUCGACCAGCAAGCCCGGGAGGACUUCAAAGCCACAAUCUACAGCAACGUUAUCAAAGGUGUACGUGUGCUGGUGGACGCCCGGGAGAAGCUGCACAUCCCGUGGGGUGACCAGGACAACCAGCAGCACGGGGACAGCCUCAUGGCGUUCGACACCCGGUCGGCCAAGAUGGCGAGCGGGCAGCUGGAGACGUCCGUCUUCCUGCGCUACCUGCCGGCCAUCAGCGCUCUCUGGGAGGACGCGGGUAUCCAGAACGCCUACGACCGUCGCAGGGAGUUUCAGCUGGUAGGUGGAUGAGGUUGACACAAGAUGGUGGCCCAGCUUUUCUACCAGCUCACUGCUGAUAAAAGUUUCUCUCAAUCACUUAAUGUACGAAAGGGUUUUCUGGUGUUUUCCCACUUUGGCUUCUUC